UAUACAGCAGUGAGCUGCGCGAAGAAGAGGGAUGACUGGAUGGUUUGUUAAUGGUGUUUGCGAUACCUCGCCCACUUAGCGCUCAUGCUUGGGCUUGUUUGUAUGGCUUUAGUUCGGCUAUGUUCGUGUCUUUUACUUUGGAGUAGAUGAAAUGGCAUGGCUACUGGCGCUGCGCGCUGGUGCUUUCCUUGUCAGGAUGGGGUCCCCCUGUUUUGGAAGUUAUACAGUACUCAGACGUGGUGUUCACUACGGCGGAAGAGUGGUUAAGAAAGUAAGGCAAGUGGUGCAUUCCUCGCAUCUGGGCGGUACUCAUGAAAUACAGAUGAUGUGCACUCUAGAACUCCGGUCGAGCCUAUUCGUCCCGUACCUGUCGCGGAUUCGAGUGCGGAGUUCGCCUCUACCCAGUGCCAUUGUUACAAGAGAUGCCAGAAUACGCUCAAGAUCACGUCAGGUAUGCAGAUGCAGUCAAGAGAAAAGGGAAAUUGGAAUCAUGUGUAUCAGAGAGACAAAGGACGAAAAGGACCAUGGAAACUAUUGAUCUACCGAGACAAAGGGAAAUAUACAGGCCUCAUCGACCGAACCCGGUGAAGAGGCGUGAGGAGAGAACGAAGAAACGAGGACACUGCAAAAAUGAUAAUCA